UGUUGUGCACCUUGAUGUAUCCAACCUCAAAUCUUUGAAUGAAAAGAAAAGUACUGGUUGUACAAAAGUGUCCAAAAAACCGAAUAAGACAAGAUCGGUUGACGUUAAACACCUCAAUAAGAGAAAAGAAAUAGUGAAAAGAGAAAUUGAUUCUAUAAAAGCUUUUUCGCGACAUUGACAUGAGAGAGAAUCCAUCACGAAUUAUCUAAUCGUUCGCCAACUAGCUUUUCAUGAUGAGUGUGUUGACGCAGAGGCUGAACCGUUUACGGUGUACGUAUUCGGUGCUGUUGAGAUUAUAUGACAAGGGUAGCUACGUUCAGCAGAUGAUCGCAUCAUCGGAGCGUGGAUUCAGUAAUCAUUUGACGUGCACGUCAUACAUAUAUCACGUGGCGCGCAAACCGCAUCAACGUCGAGAAUUCGCGGUACUCUCCACCGAUCAGCAGGUCGAUCGUCAACGGACCCCCAAUGGCAGCGAAAAACCUAAGUCUCAAAAAAAGACGGAAAAUGAAUACGCUCAUAGUUUCUUUCUUAAUUCGGUCAAUUACUCGAUGACUGUGAUGAAGCCGAUCAGGACGUACUCUCAUGUCACGAACGAAGAGGCUCUGGGACUUCUGAAGCAGAAUUGGAGUCUGAUGACGAGCGAAGAGAUAUUGUCAGCCAUUAAAAAAUUAUCCUAUAACAUUUGUUGUAACAAAGAUGAUUGUAUCAGUCCGAUCAAAUACAUAAAUGCUUUCAAUACGUUGGAUAUAGAGAAACUGAAUGAUAAUGAUCUUAUGGCAAUAAUGCGGUACCUGGUACCAUUUCAGAGUUUCCUAAAUCAUGGUUUCUACAACAGCUUUUGCGAACGUUUGGACAAAGAAUGCGUGAAGCGCUUUGUACAGCUAAACAUCAAUGAAAUGCUGUUACUUUGCGAUGUGAUGUAUCAGAUAAUGCGUUACAAAAAAUCUGAAUAUAUAUGGUACUGUAUGAGAAAAUUAGGUAACAAACCUCAAAAGCUCACUUCUAAACAACUGGUGCAGGUCUUAUUUUUUCUGAAUUUAUGCCGGAAAACACCUAUAAACAUGUAUGAGCUUGAAUAUCAAUUGGAGCGGUGCAUAAACGAGUUGUCAAUCAAUGAGCUGGCGAUAGCAGCGUUAGGUUUUUUCAAAACUGGCACGCGAAUUAGAAACAUCAUUUUUCUAGAAGAAAUCAUGAAAAAAACCAUUGCUGAAUUAGAUGCUAUAGACAGCGUUAGUAUUGGUGGAAUUACAAAAUUGAUACGAUAUAGUAUGCAGCUCCAGACAAUUCCUACAUUUCAGAAAUUGCUGAAGCUUCUGCCACAGUAUGUGCCACGUUUUACGCUGAUGUCUCUGAUACACAUCGUGCAUGCAGCGGCGAAAGUCGCAUUAUAUGAUGAGGAUCUCAUAAAUGAAAUAAUCAAAAGGUUCAAUAAUGAAAUAGAAACUGCAAGACUAAAGGAUAUCGAGAGAUUAAUUUUUUCGCUCUCUACUUUUAACAUUGAUCCGAACAACAGUAUCUAUUCAAACGUGAUAGAAGAACUCAGGGCUACCUGGGACACGAGUCGAGCUCAUGAGAUAUCAGAGCAUCCACAAGUAGCUUCAUGUAUUCUAGGAUAUCUGGCUAUAUUAAAUAUAUAUCCUACGGAUUUAAUUGAACGUGUUAUGGCUCCCAGUUAUCUUCAUAAGAUAUGUAAAGGCAAUUACAUUGAACUCUCACGUGAAUAUUCCGUACUAGAUUACAGUCUCCGGCUGGAAGUACCUGAAUACAACGGACCAUUUCUUAAGUCUUCUUUAUGUAGCUUUCUAGACAAGAAAUAUUUCAAGGAAUAUUCUCACGGACCGGAAUCGAGUCGGAGGAAACGGCUUUCUACGGAUGUGCUUCAAACAUGUCAGGAGUUGUUUAAUACUACAUCGGAUAUAUCAGUUAUCCGAUUAUUGCCGCACUACGCAACGCCGGAUAUCGUCUUCUGUUUAGAUGAACAGAAUCAGCUUGUACCAUCGGAAAAAUACCUAUCACAGUUUCCCUCAAGUGAUAUUAUACAUGUGAAUGAGAAAGCCCCGGAGAACGUCAGAUGGAUUGCUCUUGUCAUGGCUCCUCAUGGACUUUUAAUAAGAAAUAAUAAUUUACCCACUGGACUUUUAGCUGCAAAACUAAGACAGCUUCCCAUAAUUGGAUAUACUCCUAUUAUGAUAUCAUACAUUCUUUGGGAGAAAUGUACAUCACCACAGGAAAAGUGUGAUUAUAUAAAAGAACUUGUAUUUAGGACUAACGAAAAAUUGUCCAAUAAAUAAUAUCAAGAUUU